AUGCUAAGCAAUGGGAACUCUCCAUUAGGUAUAAGGUAUGAGCAAUGUAGUGAUAAGGUAGUGAGUUACCAGUAUAAUAAGGUAGUGAACUGGGACUGCAAGGCCCAGUGUGUGCUCAAUCACAACAAGAAGGAUGGCACCUUACAUUGGAGAAGAACUGACUCCACUUAUCAGCAACCUUCCAGCGCCGCCAAAGAAGAGGAGCAAUUUACUAGAGCCCAACUGGAUCAACAUCGCUUUCUUCUCCAUCGUCCAUUGUUUCGGACUUUACGGCCUCUUUUUGGCUGGAACUUCUGCGAAAUGGCCAACGUUAUUGUGGACUUGGUGGCUGAACGAGCUCUCAUCCUUGGGGGUGACAGCUGGUGCUCACAGACUCUGGUCCCACAGAUCCUACAAGGCCAGAUGGCCCCUGCAAAUAUUCCUCAUGUACUGCUUCACCAUAGGCCACCAGGUCGUGUGAAGAUAAUGCUUGAACAAGAAUGCCUAAUCGCUUCUAUGAGAUGCCGGAUCGCGAAAGAAGUAGAGGAGGUCCUCGGAUCACGUGGCUGGAGGACGUGGAGAACGAUUUAA